AGAAAACAUUUAAUUAAUCAUAAUUCACGUUAUCAGUAAAUUAUUUAUUCUCCUAAAGCUGAGUGUACACAUUUAGUUUGAUUUCAGAAGUUAUAGUGACUAAAUGAAAAGGAAGGAAGUGAUGGAAUGAAAAAUAAAAGUUUCAGGAUUUUAAAACUCCUUUUGGUGUUAUCGAUCAGUGCUGUCUGUACCGCUAAUCAUUACGAUGAAAAGCUUACACUCGAAUGUAUUAAGAGGUAUUUAAAAGACAGAAAUGUUAACGAAGAUCUUCUCAGUUUUGUGGAUCCUUUUUAUGGAUCGGUAACUGAUUGCGAGUCAGCAGUUAAAGGCAGACUUGCAGUGUAUCACAGUUCAUUGCGAAGUGCUUUGUUCAAUGAUAGAACACGUCGUCCUUUUGUUGAGUGCACAAUGCGUGACAUUGAAGAGGAUGAUGACAGUUACGAUGAUGUGGUUCUUCGUAAAGCUGCCAUUGAAAUGAUCAGUAAUUGGAGAUUCUGGUCUUACUUCUCGAAGUCAUCACGAAUUGAAGAACUUGAUUCGAAGGCGAAUCGAAUUGUAUUGAAAUCAUUAACAAAGUGCAAAGGACAUCGUGAAUUUGGUGAACUUUUUAACAAUAUUCACGAUGGUGGUGUAAGUUGGGAUCGAUCAGGUGAAGAAGAAUAUUGCAUGAGGAAACAUCUUUUGUCGAAAAACCUGUUGAAUCCAUUCAACUUUGGAUUCAACCCGAAUCCUCGUAAUGUGCGAACCGAAGGACUUAACUGCGAUCCAGUGGUGCAGACAAUCAUAGGCAACAUUUAUAAAGACAUUAAAGCUUCUGAUUGCCGUAUUAAUGCUUUCAUCCGUGGUGGUUAUGCUGACAAUAUAUUGAAGGCUGAAGUCUUAUCCAAGUUGUAUUUAACAAUGUCGGAUAAAUCAAGAGAACGUCAAGAUUUCAUCAAUUCCAUGGUUGAUAUAUCAUACGAUGCUGAUAAAUGUUAA